CCCUCAUCUUCCUCACCAAACAGUAACCAAUAUGCUGGGAUCUAUCCUCAUUGUUGCAGUGUUGGCACUUGUGCUUCAGGCAGCAUGGAGAUUCCUGGAUACGUAUUGGUUCCAGCCCAAGAAAUUGGAGAAAAUCCUAAGAAAACAAGGCCUGAUAGGCAACCCUUACAGGUUUUUCUUCGGAGAUGCCAGGGAAACCGGCAAAAUGUUCAAGGAAACCUACUCCAAGCCCAUCGGCAUCACCGACGACAUUACACCUCGUGUCCUGCCCUUCAUUACCAAGACCUUAAAGACAUACGGUAAAAAAUCAUUCAUAUGGGUGGGGCCGAAGCCAGUUGUUUUCAUCUUCGACCUGGAGAUGAUGAAAGUUAUAUUGACGAAAUACAUUCCGUUUCAAAAGUCGUUCAAGGCAUCAAAUCCGAUAUUCAAGAGGCUGGUGGGAGGACUAAUUGUGUAUGAAGGCGAACAGUGGAGCAAGAACAGAAAGAAGCUGAACCCGGCUUUUCACUUGGACAAGUUGAAGGAGAUAGUGGGUACGAUGCAAAACCAGGGACAGGAAACUCUGGAUGAAUGGACGAGUAUGAUGCCUAAGGAUGGAUCUCCCCUUGCGCUUGAUGUUUACCCUUAUCUCAAACAGUACACAGGCUGUGUGGUAUCAUGGGCAUUGUUCAGCACCGCACCCACUCCAAUAGUCAAAAGGACUUUCACUAUCAUCUCCGAGCUCACACAUAUUUCCAAUCAGGCUCAGCCUUUUAUCAUUCCUGGAGAGCAGUUCUUUCUCAAGAAAUAUAAGAAGGCCAACGAAAUUGAGGACGAAUUAACAGCUACAUUCACGCACAUGGCUGAGGAAAGGUUAGCGCAGAGAAGGGCAGGAGAAAACAAAGGUGAACCCGACUUAUUUGACUUGUUAGUGGAUGAACUAGAAGAAGUAGACAUCAAAGACAAGAAUGGUCGUGCCGCCGCCAUUUAUGAGAUCAUUCAACAGUGCAAGCUGUUCUACGUAGCUGGUCACGAAACCACUGCUAAUCUCAUCUCUUGGACCAUUAUCAUGCUUUCCUAUCACAAACAAUGGCAAGUUCGCGCCAGAGAAGAGAUUUUCCAACUCUUGGGCGACAGGAAGAACAUCACUGCUGAUGACAUUGCCAACCUGAAAUACGUGAAUAUGAUUGUGAACGAGACGUUGCGUUUGUUCCCUCCAGCAAUUGAGCUGACAAGAGUAGUUGAAGAAGAAACAACCGUGGGAGACCUAGUCCUACCCAAAGGCUCAAUGGUAAUGAUGCCCGUACUUUUACUGCAUCGGGACCCCAAAAUAUGGGGCGACGACGCGAAUGAGUUCAGGCCCGACAGGUUUGCUGAAGGAGUGCUGAAAGCUGCCAAUGGUCAUUCCGCAUUCUUACCCUUCGGCUGGGGUGUGCGAACUUGCAUUGGGGCAAACUUGGCAUCCUUAGAGGCCAAAUCGUUUAUUACAUUGUUUCUGCGCAACUUCAGCUUCGACCUCUCACCAACGUACGCACACUCACCUAUGGUUACAUUGCUCCUGCAACCACAGCACGAUGUCCCCAUAAUUAUGCGCAAGCUCUAGACGAGAAUAUUGUUGAGGGGAUUGGUCGAUCAUCGCUCUCUAAAUAUUGGCUAAUUUAAAUUAAUAUCUCUGGCAUGAAUAUAAGCUACACUGCAUGCAGUGUGUGAAAAUACUUCUAUGAGAUAUAUAAAUAAAUGUGUGCUUUACUACCUAAGUUAUUUUCGAUUUCA